AUCAAGCAGAAUCUCGGAGCACCGAACAAACCUAACCGCCCAACUAUAAAUUGACCUCUUUCCUUUUAAUUCGUCCAGUUUCCAAUCUUACGCAAAGCGGCAAUUAGAGGAAUAAGAACUAGAAAAGUUAUUGCGAUUGCGAUCUCGGGUUACCUUCUCCAAUAAAUUAGAGGUUGCAUUUUUUCUUUUUCUUGCAAGAGCUUUUAUAUUGAACUGCUGGAAUGGCUGAGGAGGGUCAUAAGGUCACCUUGAAUGUGUAUGACUUGAGUCAGGGAAUGGCUCGGCAGCUUUCGAUGACCUUAUUAGGGAAGGUUAUUGAGGGAAUAUGGCACACUGGUAUAGUAGUUUAUGGUAAUGAAUACUAUUUCGGUGGAGGAAUCCAACACAUUCCUGCUGGGACGGCACCAUACGGGAGACCAAUUAAAGCGAUCGAUCUAGGUGUCACUCAUGUGCCUAAAGAUUUGUUUGAGAUGUAUUUACAGGAGAUUAGUCCUCGUUACACAGCCGAGACCUACAGUUUGCUUACCCACAAUUGCAACAACUUCAGCAAUGAAGUUGCCCAAUUUCUAGUUGGUACUAACAUUCCAGACUAUAUUUUGCAACUUCCAAAUGAAGUUAUGAGCAGUCCAAUGGGUUCACUUUUAAUGCCCAUGAUACAAAAUCUGGAGACAACUUUGAGGGCUGGUGCUGUUCCUCAAGUUCCCCAAUUCAAGCCUUCUGUUUCUGCUCAGCCAUCUCAGCCCUCAAGUGCCAGUGUGAACAGUUCAUCUGAUACCACCAAGAAAGACGAGGUUAGCAGUAAGGUGAAGGCUGAUCAGCAGCCAAACCACGCGGAGACGGAUAAGACUACAUCAUCUGUCAAACCGACAGGAGCACAGGAGAAAUCAUCGAACAGUGGAACUGCAACAGACCCUCUUGGGGAUGCUCGAGCCAAGGUCCAAGAAGAGAUAAGCCGUGAAUUUGCUGCUAUCAUGGCAGCUGGAACGCUGAGAGCUAGCGAGGCAGCUGCACUGGCCACCAGGAAAGUGAUGCAGAAAUACGGACACUUGAAUGUUGUUAUGCCACAGAGUUAGAAGCAGGGGAAUGUGAUUUAUUCGGAUCUUGCUCUGUAUGUUGCAAAAUAUGGAUUUGGGUUAAAAAGAAAAAGUGAAACAAGUUGUUUCAGCUUUGUUUUCAAUUUUAAAAUGAAAAAUCAAUCAAAUCAAAUUAUUUGUUUCUGUGA